AUGAGUGUUCAACAAGAACCACGCAUUAGUCAAUUAAUACCAACAAUAAAAUGUUCGGAUUGUGGGGAAACAGUGGAAUUUAGAAGACUUGGGGAACAUUUAUGUCAAGGGGCUCCCGCUGUUCCCGCUUUACCUAGUUCUUAUAAGAAUAAUAAUAGUAAUCUUGGGAACAGCAAUAUGCGAAUGGACAAUAUGCCAAAUAUGAAUAAACCUUCCAAUAAUUUCAACUCCUCUUUAUCUGUCUCAAAUAAUUCAAAUGAAAAUCUAAAUGGUAGCAUUCAACACGGAAGACCUCUUACUGGAAAACCUGUUAAUUCAAAUUAUCCAACUCCACAUACUUCUUCUUCAACUGUAUCAUCAUCAUCUUCUGCUUCUAAAGAAUAUUUUGAUAAUGAUAGACAAUUAAAUAAUCAAAUGAUUACACCUCCUAUUCAACAAUCUCCUCCUUCCCCUAAUCAUCAUUAUCAACAGCAACAACAUUAUCAAGCAUAUGGUGGUAUUGGUGGAAAAGUUUAUCCCAAUAUUGAUCCAGAUGAUAUGAUGACGAAUCAAAUACCACCACCACAACAAUCACCAGAUAAUCAUAUCAAAAAAAAUUAUAAUAAAGAUAAAAGUCAUAAAAAUGGUAAUGUUGGUUCUAUUUCAUCAACAAAAUCUGGAUCUGGUUUUGAUGAUUUAAUGGAAGAUUUAUUAAGAGAAAUGGAUAAUAUGCAAACUCCUUCACAAAAAAUUAAAGAUAUUUGUGCUUAUUGUAACAAACCAAUUGGUGAUUCAUCUCCCUUGUGGGCAUUGGGUAAAUCGUGGCAUUCUCAUCAUCUCCUUUGUGCAGAAUGUAAAAAACCCAUUAAUCCAGAUAUUGGACAUGUGGAAAAGGAAGGAAGAGUUUAUUGUCCGGAUGAUUUUACCAAUUUAUUUUUACCCAAAUGUCGUAGAUGUAAAUUGCCGGUUCAAAAAGAAGCCAUAACUGCUAGUGAUGGAAAAUUGGAAGGAAAGUGGCAUGUCACUUGUUUUGGAUGUCACAAUGCACCAUAUUGUAAACGACAUUAUCAUAAACUUAAUAAUUCUCUAUGUAGAAAGUGUGAUCAACCUAUAGAAGGUCCAUGUGCACAAACUGAUGAAGGAUGGAGAUAUCAUCCGGGAUGUUUUGUUUGUUAUAGAUGUCAAUACCCUCUCACGGAUGUUUAUUAUAUUUACGAUAAUGAACAUUAUUGUGAAACUCAUAUAAUGGAAAUUCAACAACGACAACAGAUUCGGGCGGAAAAACGACAAACGAUGUUUCGAAAUAUUUCAUAA